AUGAAUUCAAAAAGAAUGUUACUAAACUGCGCUCUCCAAUCAGCGACGGCGUUGGACGAGCACACGAUAGCGGCGGCCGUUCUUCCUCUAGCGACCGCGUACUGCAGAAAACUGUGCACGGGCGUCAUUCAGUACGCCUAUAUGUGUAUACAGGAACAUGCAGUAUGGACGAGUCAGCAGUUCUGGGAGGCUGCGUUCUAUCAAGACGUACAGAAAGAUAUCAAGGCUUUUUACCUGCCGAGCCCAACGCAUCACCAACGGGUGCCCAGCCCCAGAGAAGAUGAAGAAUACAUAUCAUUGUUGAAGGCGCAAGAGCCAAGUGCGUUAGAGAUAGCGGCCGAACAGAUGAGAAUAUGGCCGACCCUGGCUUCCGAGAAGCAAGCGGAGCUGAUAGCGAGCGAGGAGUCGACCCUAUACAGCCAGGCCAUACACUACGCGAAUCGUAUGGUGUAUUUGCUUUUGCCGCUAGAGGGCGCCGGGAGAAGAGCGGAUGUCCGGCCGGAUGACGAUCGAGGCACUAAUAGUGUUAGCAAUAGUGUAGCGGAAUCAGAUAGUGCUGAUGCAGAAUCCGGCUUUGAGGAGGCAGACCCUGGCGAAGCGGGAAACAACGUUAUCAAGAUGGUCUCCAGAUUUGUUGAUAAGGUGUGUACAGAGGGAGGAGUGACUGCAGAUCACAUCCGGUGCCUGCAUCAGAUGAUUCCAGGCGUGGUUCACAUGCACUUGGAAACGCUGGAUGCUGUGGCACGAGAAAGUCGACGUUUACCUCCCGUACACAAGCCACGUAUAGUAUCUCCCGCCCUAGUAAGUGGUGAGGCAGUAACGGCGCCCGCCCUACGAGCAUUACUGGUGGCAGAUGGGCGAGAGGCACCGUUGUUGCCCGCUGAGGGAGCCCUGUUCCUCACCAAUUACAGGGUCAUUUUUAAGGGCACCCCUGUUGACCCGUACGCUUGUGAGCAAAGCGUAGUCCGUGCGUUUCCUGUGUGUGCGUUGACACGUGAAAAAGGCGUACGCACACAGGCGCAUCUCGAGCACGCACUUCACGACGGACUGCAACUGAGAUCCGCCACUUCACAGCUUAUUAAGGUGGCCUUAGACGAGGAGGUGAGCAGUGAGCAGGCUGAAGCCUUCCGCAAGCAAGUGGCUCGUCAGCGGCAUCCGCAGCAUCCCUCGCUGCACUUCGCUCUGGCGCCUAGAGCCGCGCCUCCGCCCGCCCUCGCCCCGCCCAAGCAUCAUACGCUCAAAGGUUUUGCGAAGAAGACUCUCCUAAAAACAGCUCGUCGCGCGGGACUCAAACCCAAGCCAUCGAAACGUCAGAAGUACGUGCUGCCAUCUGCAGAUGCGCGAUCUCUCACUUCGCCACCUCUCAUGUCGUCCUUGUCGGCUGACACAUUGUCUUUGGAGGAACUGGAUUUAGGCAGCAGUGAAAGUGCAGAGGCGCCUGCAGCGCGUACGUUGGAGCGCGUGCGUGAACGUGCGUACGCGAGGGAUUGGACGAGGCUCGGAUUGGCCAGCGCUCCUUUUAGACUCGCGCACGCCAAUGCUGUGUAUACCUUGUGUAGAAGUUACCCAGCCGUGGUGGCGGUUCCAGAAUGUAUAUCUGACGAGUCGUUGCGUCGGGCAGCGCGAGGCUACAGGCAGAAUCGUCUGCCAGUUCUGACGUGGAGACAUCCGCGGACACGGGCUUUACUCGCCAGGUCAGCAGCGUCUCACCACAAAGGUGUGAUGGGUAUGUUGAAGGGAAGCAGUCAUCAGACCCCUGCGCCUGCGCAGCCCGGGGCCGAAACUACCUCAAGUUUGGAACAGGAGAGAUUUUUGUCAACUCUAGUCAAUCUGACGCCCGCGUCACGCGGUGAGCUCGAAGACUCCAGCCUAAGCCUAGAUUCUCUUCUGCUCUGCUGUGACGAGCAGCAUCACAACCAUACUCCGCUGCUCACCAAGGCUGCUGGGACAUUGGGAGUUCUUGGCAGAAAUAGUGGUGGAAAGGGUGGAAAUAGUGCGACGGGAGGCAGACAUUUUGGAAGAUGGGGUUCCCUCAAGGAUAGAAGACAGGCCUCACAUCUGGAGUUGUACGCCCCUCGACAAAGACUGUCGACGGCUGAAGUUGAUUCUGCUUCGGGCGAGACGAGCGGUGUACGGCGCGCAGCAUUGUACGUAGUGACGGAGAAAGGCGCCGGGGCUGGUUGGCCAGCGGGAGUCGAACCCGUACCUGCCGAGUACCCGGAUAACAGAGCCACUAAACAUGCCUUCAAGAAAUUGUUGAGAGCCGCAGCGCCCUCCGCCCCGUCGCCUGAACCUAGCUUUUAUAAAUUAGUUGAGGAAUCGGGAUGGCUAUGGCAAUUGCGUACAGUACUGCAAUUGUCAGGGUGCGUACUCGAUCUCUUGGACGUGCAAGGAUCCUCCGUCCUUCUCUCGCUUGAGGACGGAUGGGAUGCGUGUGCGCAGAUUUCGUCUUUAGCCCAAAUUUGCCUAGACCCCUACUACCGGACAAUCGAUGGAUUUCGGAUAUUAAUAGAGAAGGAAUGGCUGGCCUUAGGCCAUAAGUUUCAACAGAGAUUAAACUUGGGAGCCACACCUCAGCAGGGAUUCACUCCGACAUUCCUCAUGUUCCUGGAUGCUGUACAUCAGCUACAAAAACAAUUUCCCCUGGCAUUCGAGUUCAACGAUUACUACCUCCGUUUCGUGGCGUAUCACAGCGUGUCUUGUCGAUUUCGGACGUUCCUCUUCGAUAAUGAAGCGCAAAGAGCGGACAUCGGACUUUCGCCUGAUGAAAGGAGACCAGAUGUUGGCAGGCUGGUAAUGGAAUCCAGCAGCGGCGGGGCUGAAGGUGCCAACGGAGACGAUGAGGGCCGUGGAGGUCUGGGCGUGUUCGAGUACAUCGACAGGCUUCAUCAGAGAUCGCCCAUAUUCUUCAAUCUGCUCUAUGCACCGGACUUGGAUAACCCGGUAUUGCGUCCUGUCACCGCUGUCUCCCGACUGGAGGUUUGGGAUUACUAUGUGACCGAGGAGUUGUCUCACGGAGCGCCUUACGAACCUGAUCUUUGGCCCACGGACCCAGAGCCAAAAGCCAGUAGGAGACUUGUUACGGCCGGCAACGACAGUAUAUCUCGAUGUAUGCCGGAUGCAUUUAGCGGUCUCUUGGAGAGACUGAGACAGCUGGAGUUGGAGCUGGGUCACUUACCCCAGAAGUGGAGAGUCAGAUGGGAACAGCUGGAGCUACCUAAUACACUAGAGUUGCAGCGGGUUUCGUCGAUGUGCAGCGGCGUAGUCCGCGUGGCAGCGGCUGCAGCUCACCGUCGAGGGACUCUGGAAGUGCUGGUGCGAGGAAGACUGGCAGCCGCCCCGACGGCCGCCGCUCCUCAUCACAGGUUCGCCCCAGCGCCAGCCGCGGCACCGGCAAGGUGUGAUCACUGUGCUGACUUGCUGUGGGGUCCCUUGGAGACGGGCGUCCGGUGCGUAGACUGCGGCGCGGCGUGUCACGAGAGAUGCGCGGAGUCCUUCGCCUUGCCUUGCACCAAGUACAAGGCUCCGCCGCAGCCCGACAGGGACGCCAAGAUGCCGCUCGCUAACAGCGUAGGCACCCUUCAAUCGAGUUCCCAGCAGUAUUACGAGCAGUUCUCAUCGAACGUAGCAGAGAACAGGACGCACGAAGGUCACCUCUACAAGAGAGGGGCUCUGCUCAAGGGCUGGAAACAAAGAUGGUUCGUGUUGGACUCUAUAAAACACCAAUUGCGAUAUUACGACGCGAUGGAGGAUUCGCAUUGUAAAGGAUUUAUUGAUUUAGCGGAAGUGAUAGCGGUGUCCGGUGCGGCGCCUGCGCCCGGCCCACCUAAGAAAUGUGAUGAUCGAUCUUUCUUCGAUUUACGAACGAGCAGACGAACGUACAAUUUCUGCGCGAGCGACGCGAAUGCCGCGCAGGAGUGGAUCGAGAAGCUGCAGGCCUGCCUACAGUGA